AUGACUUCAAUUAAUCGGGAUAUUCGUUCGCAUUAUCUAUUCGAAAUAGCUACAGAGGUAGCCAAUCGAGUCGGUGGUAUCUACUCUGUCCUUAAAUCUAAAGCUCCAGUUACUACAGCCGAAUAUGGAGAUAGGUAUACACUAAUAGGGCCCCUCAAUCAGCAAUCAGCCGCUGUAGAGGUCGAAGUUCUUACACCUACCAAUCCAGAACUCGCUGAAACUAUCGCGUCUAUGGAAUCGCGCGGAAUCACCAUAGUUUACGGACGAUGGUUGAUAGAGGGUGCACCCAGAGUUCUAUUGAUCGAUACCAAAACUGGAUACCGAUUUCUUGACGAAUGGAAAGCUGAUUUAUGGAAUACUGCUUCGAUUCCAUGUCCACCUAGUGAUGAUGAGACAAACGAAGCUGUGGUGUUUGGGUAUCUCGUGGCCUGGUUUUUGGGCGAAUUUGUUGCCCAUGAGAAGACGAAGGCAGUCAUAGCUCACUUUCACGAAUGGCUAGCUGGAGUCGCACUACCCUUAUGUAGAAAGCGUCGUAUUGACGUCACAACCAUUUUUACCACUCACGCCACUCUUCUUGGAAGAUAUCUAUGCGCUGGCUCUGUCGACUUUUACAACAACUUACAAUAUUUUGAUGUCGACGCAGAAGCUGGAAAACGUGGUAUCUACCACCGAUAUUGCGUUGAGCGUGCUGCAACCCACGCAUGUGAUGUCUUCACCACCGUCUCACACAUAACUGCAUAUGAAAGUGAACAUCUAUUGAAACGUAAACCCGAUGGAGUAUUGCCAAACGGAUUAAAUGUGACCAAAUUUUCCGCAAUGCACGAGUUUCAGAAUUUACAUCAACAAGCCAAGGAAAAAAUUCAUGAUUUUAUUCGUGGUCAUUUCUAUGGACAUAAUGAUUUUGAGCCAGAGAAUACAUUAUACUUUUUUACAGCAGGUCGAUACGAGUACAGAAAUAAAGGUUGCGAUAUGUUUAUUGAGUCGUUAGCGCGAUUAAAUCAUCGUCUUAAGGCUGCAGGUUCUAAAACUACGAUUGUCGCUUUUAUCAUCAUGCCAGCUCAAACACAAUCUCUAACUGUUGAAGCAUUAAAAGGACAAGCUGUUAUCAAAUCAUUGCGGGAUACUGUAGAUGUUCUCGAGCGUGGUGUUGGGAAGCGAAUUUUUGAGCGAGCUCUUAAAUGGCAUGACGGAGAGGCAAUGCCAGAUGAAAAAGACCUCAUAACCAGCGAAGAUCGUGUUCUACUUCGUCGUCGACUCUUCGCAAUGAAAAGAAAUGGCCUUCCCCCAAUCGUCACACACAACAUGGCAAAUGACGCAGAGGAUCCCAUCCUGAAUCAGAUCCGAAGAGUGCAGCUGUUCAACCAUCCCUCUGACCGUGUAAAAAUUAUAUUUCAUCCAGAAUUCCUGAAUUCGGCCAACCCGGUCUUGCCGAUGGACUAUGAUGAUUUUGUUCGAGGCACCCACAUGGGUGUAUUUCCAUCAUACUAUGAGCCUUGGGGUUACACACCAGCUGAGUGUACCGUCAUGGGAGUUCCAAGCAUUACCACUAAUCUAUCAGGAUUUGGAUGUUAUAUGGAAGAACUCAUCGAGAAUUCUACAGAUUACGGCAUCUACAUAGUUGAUAGAAGGAUGAAAGGAGUAGAUGACUCUGUGAAUCAGCUGACAUCAUUCAUGUUUGAAUUUGCGGCAAAGUCACGCCGCCAGCGUAUCAAUCAAAGAAAUCGUACAGAGCGCCUGAGCGACCUACUCGAUUGGAAGCGGAUGGGUAUGGAAUAUGUGAAGGCCCGUCAAUUAGCCUUACGUAGAGCCUAUCCCGCCUCUUUUGGCGAUGAUAAAGAGGACUAUAUUCCUGGUAUCGAGCAGAAAAUCUCUCGGCCAUUCAGUGUUCCUGGAUCACCGAGAGAUCGAAGUGGUAUGAUGACUCCAGGCGAUUUUGCCAGUCUUCAAGAGGGUCGCGAAGGUUUAAGCACUGAAGACUAUGUCGCGUGGAAAUUGCCAGAAGAAGAAGAUCCUGACGAAUACCCGUUCCCCCUCACCCUGCGUACCAAAAAGUUAUCUGUACUGGGUAGUUCUAGCGAAGUUGUUACUACUAAUGGAGAUAGUGGUGCUUAA